AUGGCGUUCCGUUGGUACCAAUCGAAGCUGAGGACAUCACCGCUCCUGACGCAGAGUAUCACUACUGCGGUGCUCUUUGCAACGGGCGACACAAUGGCACAGCAGGGUGUAGAAAGGAGAGGUCUUGACAAACACGACCUGGCGCGGACGGGUCGUAUGGCCGCCUAUGGAGGAUGCAUCUUCGGUCCCGCAGCCACAAAAUGGUUCGGUUUCCUUGUGAGCCGUGUAAACCUGCCAUCCAAGAACGGUACCAUUAUUGCGCGCGUCGCCUGCGAUCAGUUCCUCUUUGCACCCGUCAACAUGACGGUCUUCUUGUCCAGCAUGGCCUACAUGGAGGGCAACUCACCCACGCAGCGUCUCAAGGACGCCUUCGUGCCUGGAUACCAAAAGAACUUGAUGAUCUGGCCCUGGGUCCAGUUUGUCAACUUCAAGUAUGUCCCUGCUGAGAUGAGGGUCUUGGUCGUCAACAUUAUCUCGCUUGGAUGGAACUGCUACCUCAGCUACCUCAACUCUGCCGGUGGCAAGAAGCCCGCUCUUCCAGUUGGUGAGACCAAGGAAGGUGGUCAAUUACCUCCUUCAUAG